UCGCCGCCUUACGUGGGUGUGGGUCAUGAAUGUCUCCAUAUUCUUUCAAGUAACAUGGAUAUACAUGGCCUUUAGAGUCACGACAGCAUUUCUAUCAAUCAGCAAACAAAACAAGCAAGAAGAUGGCGUCAUAGUUUAUCCCCAAGUUUACGAAGACCGAGAAGCGGCAUCUCAGAAGCUUCUGGUUAUUCAAGGGAACCUGGUUCUGACCCUAAAGAAGGCUUCAGUGUUAGCCGAAAAUGUUUUGCUCAGAAAGCUCAGAGAAGAUGACAUCACCGAGGAGUAUGUUGAGGGCGCCUACCACGAGAGGGACCUGUACCAGGACACAUUAUUGCAAGCUUCUCUUCUUCUCAAGCCUCAGAGGGAAGGGCACUACAAUGUGAUUGGACUACUGAAUUUCACGCAUCGAAUUCAGCCUCUUAUAAACAGCGAGAGAUCAUUUGGGGGAGCACACAAGAUAUCGAAAAUACCCGCACCAUUAGGAACAUACGGUGUCGCUACCCCGAAAGGAAGGACUCCACAGACAUUUACCGGCCGCCUUGAACCGGAUCCAAGAGCACUAUCAUCUUUCACUAUAGAGACAUGUUAUUUCUGAUUACAAACACACCAAGCAUUUUGGUAAUAAUACCAGCGAUCAUAUGGAAUACAUGAUAGUGCUCAUGAACUCGGUGAGCCUAAGAAUGCAACAGCUUCGCCCACCUGGCUUCAUAACCGUGAUAGCAAUUGAAGGAUCUUUUAUAGCAAGCGAAUCCUAUGUGAGCCUCUUCAAUUCUGACAAGCUUAUUGGAAAUGAGACAUUACUGCGGCUAUCUGAUCACUUGUGGAACGACAUAUCAAUGGUUUUUGCAGACCUUGUUUACCUGUUC